AUGAAAUUAAUAAUCUUGAUUCAUAUUUGUACAAUAGUAAUAGGUGCAUAAUUUGAAUAGGGAUAUGUGUCUUCAGAAAAAAUCUUAGCCCAUAAAAUAUACAGAUAAGUAUUAUAAUAACUACUAUGAUAGGAUAUAAAAUUUAAUAAUAAUUUUGCUGAAAUUCCAAAAAUCGUUUUGAGUGUGAUUGGUUACCACUCUGAUUUCAAUGCAUUAGACUUUUUUUCAAAAGUAACUGACAUUACUAAUGAGGGUAUUAUACUUUUAUUAUAAUUAAAGGGUUUUAGCUAUAAGUUAUAAGCGAUUCUGAUAUAAAUCAAAUUAAAUUUAACUACUUAGCAACAGAACAUCAGGAUGUUUAAACUAUUUGCAAUAAUAUUGAAGUUUAAAAGGAUUAAAUAGAUAUCAAAUUUAAUACUCCAUUUGAGGAAUAACCAUAAGUAGCAGCCUUUUUAACAGGAAUUCACAGAAUAAAUUAAGAUGAUAUAAUUUUAGAAAUAAAAUCAAUUGAUAAGAAUUAAGUUCAUUUAUCUACAAAAUCAAAGGCAGAAAGUUCCCUUGGUUUAUGUUUACUAAUAGGACCUUAGAACUUAUUUAGUAAAAAGGAUUUAUCUAUUAUGCAAAUAUCUCAAUAAAUACCAAAUAAUUAGUUUUAUGGAAUUUCAUCUUUAAAAGGAGUAACCAAUGAUGGAAUUUCAUUAAGUUUAAAUUAAAAAUCUGUUGAAAAUUUGUUAGACAUUGUAAUGACAUUUGUAGACAUCAAUACAGAACAAAUAAUCAAAUAAGAAGAGGAUAACAAUAAAAAUACGGUUACCUUAGUUGAUUCUUAAGAUAAGUUAAAUACUUAUGAAUAAUAAGAAAAACAAGCUGACAAAUAAAUAAAAAUAAAAAGUCCUUAAAAUGAAUUGGAUUAAGGAUCUCAAAUAAAUUCUAUAUCUUUUAUAUAUCCAGAAUAAGAAGAUUAACUGUACAUUGAAAAUGAAGAACAAGAUCUAUAAUAGGUUUAAGAAAAUGUUUAAGAAGUUAUGACAAUUAGUGAAUCUUGGUUGUAGCAUGAUUUAUCAGUAUUAGAUUAAUCUGAAGAAUCUCUUGAUAGUAAUUAAGCUUAAAUUAAUGAGGGAUAGUAAUUUUUGACAAAUUUAAUUAAACCUUAAGACUAUAACACAAAUUCUAUGGAAUAAGAAGACUUUUAAUCUUAAAAUAUUUAACCUAUGAAUAUUGCAAUAGUUGACAGUACUUAAAAAAUAAUUAAUGAAAACUAAAAGAAAGUUAUAAAUAAUUAAGAAUUGAAUUAUGAUAACUCAUUAACUAUGGAUUCAACUCUAGAUUAUGAUAUUGAAACUAAAAUUGAAAAUUAAAUUGAAGAAUAGAUUGAUUCUGCAUAAUAACAAAAUGUUGUUGAAAAUCUGUAAGAUUAAAUUAUAGAAAUGUAAUAAGAAAUGUUAAAUUUCUAAUAGAAUUCUGAAAGUAAUGUUUCAUCUGAAUUAGAUCCAUUCAAAAUAAUCUAAUCACAAUAAUUUAUAGUUGAAUAAUAAAAAUAAUUGGUUGAAUAAUAAUAAUAAAUCAUUCUUCAAUAUUAAAGAUUAUUUGAAGAAUAGAUUAAGAUAAAAUCUGAAAAAUAAACCAAUAAUUAAUUAGAUUAAUAAGCAGAUUAAAAUUAAAAUUAAAUUGAAGAUUCAAAGCAAUAGUAAUUAUAAAGUAAAAUAAGUUAAAAUUAGAGUACAGAAUAAAAUCUAAAUCCAUUAUAGAUUGACUAAAAUUAAGAAGAAACUCAGAUUUAAGAAUAAUUUGAUUAAAAUAGUAAAGAUUAAAAAUAUGAUUUAUAAGAUAUUCCAAGCUUAAAAUUAGAAAGUUAAAGUAAUUUAGAAAAAGAUUUGGAAUCAUUUAAUAGAGUUAAAAAAAGAAAAGAUGAAAUUGAUGAAUAAAAAGCUAAUAAAUUAAUAUAAGAAUUUACUGAAGAUUUAUCUAAUAAUAAAAAAUUAGAAGUUGAAUUUAAUGAUGUGUUAUAAAUCAAAUAAUCUAAUGAAAUAUCAUCAAAUUUAGAUAGUGAGAUUAACUCCAUAGUGACAAAUAAGAGAGUAGAGUUUAGCAAUAUAUAAAAAAACAUGAAAAGUAAUCAUUUUCAUUAUUUUUUAAUAGCCUCAUAUUUUUAAGAUAUUAAUAAUUAAUUUGAAAAUUUAAAUUAAGAGUAAAUAAGAGAAGCAAUACUUCCAUAAGAAUAUGAAAUGGAAUAAGCAUACUUCGAUUUGUCAUUAGAUUAAGGAUUUAUUGAAACUAAAAAUGAUCAAUUAAUUCGUUAAGAGUUUGUCCAAAAAUCAAUAUCAUAAAGUUAACAGAGUUAAGAAGAAUUGUAAUAGAAAAUUGAAGAGUUAUUGGAAUUAGAAAAUAAAGAUUCGCAUCACAGUGAUACUAUAUUUUCUGAUUUUCACUCAUUCUUUUAGAUAAAUUAAUAAAUUACAAACAAUUUAAGGAAAAGAUAAUUAUUAAAUGUUUGA